UGUAUGACCAUAAUAUUAAGAAGUAGUUGUGGCGCACCGCCUUCCAAAGCAUUCUAAUCACACAUGUCCAUACACAGUGACUGUUAACCCACAAUGAAAGCCUUUGUGUGCAUCAGUCAGUAGAACUGAUGAAUGCCACUCUGUUCUCCUGCACUGGCUGUGUGGCAAGGAAACAAAGUGUCACUUUGUGCCUCCUCAGCACAGCAGCACUAACAAACACAGGAGAACGCCCAUCUCUCCUCGCUCAGCACUCACACUGCCCCCUAACCCUGCUGACACACCUCCCCUGCAUGUGCUGUACUCCCAACAUGCACCGGGAACCCGAACUGACGCUACUUUCCAUACCAGAGUAUGUGGCUGCGCCUUAAAGCAGUAAUCAAAUUUUCAUAGAUAUAAAAAUAUCAAGGGAUGUUCACUCCGUCACUCUCUUGCAUGCAUGCAUGCAUGCACGCGCGCGCGCACACACACACACACACACACACAAAACUAAGGCCUCACUGCAUCUGACACCUGACUCCAGGUAAUGCCCUAGAUCCACAGUGACAGCAGGCAGGUGGAGCAGCAGCACAUUCGUAGAUACCCUCGCACACAGAGCGACUGCGGGACGAGAGAAAGCGACAGGGCAAAUUCCGGCCGUUCAGAGGACUCUUUGGGAAAAAGAAGAAGAGGGAGGCCAAGGCGGGCUUUGAUGGAGCAGAGCUUAAGGCGAGUUUCUCUACUGGGGAAGGGUGCAAUGGAGUUGUUUCUGACGAAGAGGAGUCCAAUUCAAAUCUGAGGGAGUUGAAUCCCAUCGGAUCUCGAGCUCUCUCACACGACAGCAUCUUCAUCCCAGAGGAGCCGGCCCCUGAGCCGGGUCUAAAUCACAGCAUGUCCCAGGAAAACGUCUCGGAUAAAGUUAGGAAUCUGCAGAGGCAGAUAGCCCAAGGUAUAAAGUUUGGCCAGAGGCCUCCUUCUCUGAGGAAAAGUGAAGGAGAUGAGGGAAGUUCAGAUGAGGAAGAGGUUCCCCGGAGUCCUCUGAAGGUUGUGGCCCAAGUAGAAGCCGAGCCAGUGGACACGGAGCCAAAGCAAGUCCAGGGGGCUCCACAAGCUGGGCCACACAUGACCCCCGUGAAAUCACCGAGGUCCAAAAGAGUUCUGCCGCCCACUGGUACAAUCGAGUCCAUCAAUCUGGAUGCUGUUCCACAGUCUGUUCCUCGCCUAGACAACACCGCUGCCAAACAUAAACUGUCCGUCAAGCCCAAAAACCAGAGGAUUUCCCGCAAACACCGGCGGUUUACACAGGACCACCAAGAGGUAUCUAUUCCUGGUGUGGUGCAAGAGGACCUCGAGGUGGCGGGCGUUUCCACAGACGCCCAGCGCAGGGCCUCGGUUGAGUCCCUGGAAAGCUUCAAGAAGCAGAGACUCCAUGAGGAGGAAAGACAGGAGACGAGGAGGAAGAGGGAGCUGGAGGACCAGAGGCUCCAUCAGGAAGAAGAGGAGAGGAGGAAGAGAGCAGCAGAGGAGCUGAAGCAGCGGGAACUAGAGGAGGAGGAAGAACAAAGGCGGAGAGAAGAGGCGGAGAGAAGGAGGAGGGAGGAAGAGGAGAGAAGGAUCCGAGAGGAAGAGGAAAGGAGGUGGCGAGAAGAGGAAGAGCGGAGGGAGGAGGAAAGGAGGAUGGGGGAGGAGCAGGAGCACAGACAGCGGGAGGAGGAGAGGAGACGACUGGAAGAGCAGAGGAGGAAAGAGGAGGAGGAGGAAGCGAGGAGGCAGCAGGAGCUUGAGGAAAGAAAGAAAAAGAAGGAAGCGGAGAAGCUGAGAUUGCGGGAGAUUGAAGAAAAGAAAAGGGCGGAUCUAGACGAGAGGAGGAGGAAGGAGGAGGAGGAACAGAGGAGAGCUGAGGAGCUGCGCUGGAGAGAGAUGGAGGAGAGACAGAGGCCGUUCUCUUUCAAAGUUUCCUCCGGAGAAAAACAGAUUUUGUUCCAGAAGGUAAAUCUGACGCCUGUUACACCGGCACCCAGCCACCAGAGCGUUGCUGCAGCGGAGCAAAGAGAGAGCGCUAAUGCGUCUUCUUCUGAAGGCCUAGAGUCCCCCAACCUGCUAAUGUCUCCAUAUGUCCCCCACACCGCCAUAUUGGUGACAGGUGCCCAGCUCUGUGGGACAGCUGUCAAUUUAGACCAGAUCAAAGACACGGCCUGCAAGUCUUUGCUAGGUUUGGGAGAGGAUAAAAAAUCCCAGGGAACACCGCCGACCAAGAGCAAGACUUCACCCGACCGCAAGUCCGGCAAAACCAAAUCACUCAACGAGUCCUCUUUCUCAACAGACCAGUCCGUCCUGGCAGAAUGGGCCAGCAUCCGAUCAAAGAUAUUCAAGGGGGUAGAGGAGGGAAAAUACGACGAGUUCCCAGAGCCGAGCAAGAACCAGCCUCAGACCAGCAGUGAAGACCGGCCUGCGUUCUCCCACGAGAACCUCAGGAAGACCAUGUCUGCCAGCGCCAAGUUCUCCAUCACCCCUGCGAAGAAGAAGUUUGGAGAUUCAAACAGGAACUCUGAGGUGUUUGGUGCGGACGAGAAGGAAGCGGGAGAGGUAGAGCCUCGGUCUGACAGCCCCACCCCAGCAUCCCCAGCUCCAUCCUCUAAACCUCAGAACAGGACGAGUAAAACCGUCCGCAUCGUGGAAAGGGUGACAGAGGAAUGUGUGUUUGCCAAAGACCUCCCCUCUUUCCUGGUUCCAAGCCCCGGUGCCAAACCUGAGGGGUCAGAGUUGAAGAGCAGGGCUCAGAGGGAGAUGGAGGUGUCUGAAAGUAGAGAGGAGGGAGAGAUCCGAGGCCAGGACGCUGAGGACGAGCCCUCGCCUUUUGGCAUAAAGCUGAGGAGAACCAACUACUCCCUACGCUUUCAUAGCGAACAGUCCACUGAGAAAAGGAAGAAGCGCUACAGUGCCGGGGACAGCUUCGACGGCGUCCCUUCUCCUCUCACCCCCAUUGAGCCGGGCUCUGACUCUUCCUCUGUCUUUUCUAACAAAUCCACUACUCCUACAUCGCCUGUAAUAGAAGGCGCGUCCAGCAAGUACUUACUUGAAUCCCCCUCCCACGCCGUAGCUUGGGCUAAACCAGGUAAGUCUACCAGCCCGAUCUCACACAGCGAGGGUGAGAAAGUGCUUCCAAAGCCACCUGUAUACCGAAGACCACCCACGUCACCCAAACCUAGCGGAGCAGCCCCUACGCCUCCCCCAUCGCCGCUACCUAAAGCGGUCCAUGGGCCUCCCAGUGUUGCCGGGAUCCAGAGGACAGGGGCUGCAGAGACAUCCAGCCAGGCGCAGACCGACAGGAGCGAGGAACCUUCACUGGUGGCCCAAUUGCACCGGUGCAGCCAAGGCCAGGUCCAAGGGGAAGAGGAGCCGAAGGAGAAGAGAUCCUUCUUCCAGUCCAUUAACAUCCCCUGGAGAGAGAAGGCGGACAGAAAGACAGAGCUCAUCAAGAGAGAAAAACCAUCGCUACAGAGCAGGCACUCACUGGACAGUGCAAAGGUCCAGGAGAAGGAGGCCGGGCCCUUAUGGAUCACACUGGCUCUGCAGAAGCAGAAGGGCUUCAGGGAGCAGCAGCAGAACCGAGAGGACCGUCGUAGCCACAGAGCUGAAAAACUGGCUGAAAAACAUGCACGAGAGAGAGACAGCGUCAUGCUGGUGAGCCCCACAGAGAGCAAAGGAAGCGGGAGCACCAGUCCUUCGUCUAAACCUCAGACCCCAGAGGAGCCCAAGAGACCCGACAGCCUGCUGGGACGAUUUGAGCGUAGAGAAAACCUGAAAAAAGCCAACACUUUACCCAGCUCUGUCACUGUUGAGAUUGCAGACUCUACACCGUCGCCACCUGCUGUCAAGGAGGUGUCAAAGCGCUUCCCGUCCAGUGACUCCCCGCAGGUGUCCACGGAGCCCGCGUGGUUGGCUCUGGCCAAGCGAAAGGCCAAAGCCUGGAGCGACUGUCCUCAGAUCAUCAAAUAACCCCCCCCACCACACACACACACACACACAGACGUACUAUUAUGUUUAAGUGCGCUUCACAUUCAAAUAUUCCAAUACAAUCUCACAGAAUAUGUUACCAAUUGUUGUGCGCAAGCACAUAGUGUACACAAAGUAUACGUCCCACAGAUGGAACAAUCAGUCCUGGGGGGCAGUGGCCUGUCCCAACCACGCCUGACCAUUACAAUAGCCAACUUCAAUUUUGUUUUUUUUCCCCAUUUUGUAGCCAACUUUGUCCCCAUGGUUGUAAAUAAAUCAUUCACUCAACACAAAAAAAGUGUAGAGAGGUGAAGCUCUGACUUACGACAGUGUGUAAUCAAACAGAUGGUAACUGUCUGAAUUGUUUUAAGGGCUACCAGUAACAGCGUGUUACAGUCGUUUGGUAUUAUUUAUGUAACGCGGCGGAUUUAUCCAUGUUGAAUCGAUACUGUAUCUCCUCUCUGAGCCUUGUUUGUCAUAUACAAAAGAAGCCUUUCUUUUUGUUUUUUUACUCAAACUCGAAACCUUUGCAUA